UCAGUUUACACGUGGUACAGCGAUGAUCCGCAAUGAUCAAGUAAAACGUGUUGGGUGAUAUUGGUCCCGGCAUUUUAGUUUAAAGAUAAAAGAAAAAAAAUAGUUUAUAUGACAAAACAGUCUUGAAAAUAAAAACGCAGUGUAUUUAUACCGGCAAACAGUAUUUUGUAUUUUAUUUACAUUGCCAUAACGUGAGUAGCGGUAGUAUCAUAAAUACCGUUAAAUACUGUAGCUUGGUUUUUUUUUUAUUAUUAUUUUUUGUGACUGCAAUUGAAAUAAAUUUAUAAAUAUACUUGAUAAUAUGUCUGCAGUGCAGCCUCAUUUGUCCAACGGAUUCAUAAAUGGAUUCUCAAAAGAUGACAAAACAUCAGAAACAGAUGGGAGAUAUAUUUCUCCAUCAGAGACAGGUCAUGAUGGACCAGAUCAAAUACUUGCUUCAGAUGUGGAUACAACGUGGGAACCGAAUGGCCGAGUUAGAAUACAAUAUGACAAAGAUGAUUUAAAGUCGCGAGAAUUUAUAUCAGUGCCAGGUUUGCUUAUGAAAACAGCAAAAAAAUAUCCAGAUCAUCUUGCAAUGGUAUCGAGAGUUGGUGUUGAUGGUAAAAGACGUACUUAUACUUACAGAGAAUACGAAGCGGAAGUGAGAAUUGUUGCUAAAGCAUUUAUUAAGUUAGGCCUUCAACGAUAUCACAGUGUUUGUAUACUUGGGUUCAAUAGUCCACAAUGGUUUAUUGCUGAUAUUGCAGCUAUUUAUGCUGGAGGUUUUGCUGCGGGAAUUUAUACCACCAAUUCUCCAGAUGCUUGCCAAUUUUGUGCAGAAAAUAGUAGAGCUAAUAUAAUAGUAGUAGAGGAUAAUAAACAAUUGGAAAAAAUAUUGGAAAUUAAAAAAGAUUUGCCGCAUCUGAAAGCUAUCAUUCAGUAUGAAGGAAUAGCAAAAGAAAAAGAUGUACUAAGUUGGUAUGAUUUAUUAGAAAUUGGUCGAGCUGAAUCAGAUGAUAAAUUAGAUUCUGUUCUCCGAACAAUUGGUGCUAAUGAAUGCUGUACUUUGGUUUACACGUCUGGUACAGUAGGCCGUCCUAAAGCAGUAAUGUUGAGUCACGACAAUUUAACACAUGAUGCACGCGUAAUUACGGAACGUGUAAAUUUUAAAGACAAAACUGAAAUAAUUGUUAGUUUUUUACCACUAUCGCAUGUCGCAGCCCAGGUGGUUGAAAUAUUUACUAGUUUGUCUGUAGCUGCAACAGUAUAUUUUGCGGAUAAAAAUGCUCUCAAAGGUAGUCUCGUAGAGACCUUAACAUAUGCAAGACCUACAGCUUUUCUGGGUGUACCACGUGUUUGGGAAAAAAUUUAUGAAAAAAUGAUGCUAGUGGCACGUAAUAAUGGUCCAAUAAAAACAUGGAUUGCAACUUGGGCAAAAGCACAAGGAUUAUACUACAAUAUGAAUAAAAUGAAUGGAGUUGAUUAUAAAACAUGGGGCUACAUUUUUGCUAAAUGGCUUGUAUUUAAUAAAAUAAAAGCAACACUAGGAUUAGAUAGAUGUAAAAUAUUUGUUACUGCAGCUGCUCCACUAAGUGAUGAUAUUAAAAAAUAUUUCAUGAGUUUAGACAUCCCAAUUAUGGAAGCCUAUGGUAUGUCUGAAUGUGCUGGUGCUCAUACUCUAAGUACAGAAGAUAAAUAUAGAUUGGGAAGUGUCGGAGCAGUUUUAAAAGGUCUUAAAACAAAAUUAGAUCAUCCAGAUGACAGUGGUGAAGGUGAAAUAUGUAUGGGUGGUCGUCAUAUUUUUAUGGGCUACUUAAAUGCACCAGAUAAAACUAAAGAAGCCAAAGAUGAUAAUGCUUGGUUACAUAGUGGAGACCUUGGAAGAAUAGACGGAAAAGGAUUUUUGUAUGUGACAGGAAGAAUAAAAGAACUUGUAAUUACUGCUGGCGGUGAAAAUAUCCCACCUGUUCAAAUAGAACAAAUAUUGUUAAAAGAAUUACCAGCACUUAGUAAUGCUAUGCUUAUUGGUGAUAUGAAAAAAUAUCUGACAAUUUUAGUUACAUUAAGAACCGAAAUGGACCCUGAUACUGGUGAACCGUUGGAUGCUCUUUCCCCUACUGUGAUAUCAUGGGCAAAGUCGAUUGGAAGUAAAGCAAAAAAGUUAUCUGAAGUUUUAAGUACACGGGAUCCGCUUAUUUACAAAGAAAUUGAAGAGGCCAUUAACAGGACAAAUGAACAAGCCACGAGUAAUGCUCAAAAAGUACAAAAAUUUACUAUCCUGCCUCACGAUUUUUCUAUUCCUACAGGAGAAUUAGGUCCUACACUUAAAUUGAGGCGAAAUAUAGUAUCGAAAAAAUAUGCCGAUGUCAUUGAAGAAAUGUACAAGUAACAAAAUUUUUGUUAGAUCACGUUAGGUCGACAACAAUUUUUUAGCUAGGUACUUUUUUUUUUUUAAUUUUGUGAUGUCUAUAGUUAGAUUAUGUUAGUUGACAUUUUCAAAUACUGAUUUCAAUAAUGUUGAUAAUUAAUAAAUAAAAACUUGAGAUAUUUAAAAAAAUUACACAUCCAGUUUAUCAUAAACAUAUAUAUAUAUAUUUUUUUUUUUAAAGAAGUGAACAAAUUAGUAUACCUUUUUAGUAAUAAAAAAGUAUAAAUCAUUUUUUUUUUUCUCAAAUAAUAUAUUUAAAUGUAUAGAAAUUUUCUUUGAGUUGUAGCAAAAAAGUUUAUCGUUCUAAGAACCAAAUUUUAUAUAAAACGAUGUAAUUGAUGUUACGUACUUGAGUUAUUUAAAAUUAUUAUUUAUUUAAACUUAAACAUUAAUACUUUUAAGGUAAAAGGCAUUAAAGUUUCUUACUUUCUGUAAUAUACAUAGUUAGAAAUUUAUUAUGUAUAUAAUUAUGUGUGGAAAUGCUCCUGUACAAUCUCAAUAAUGUAUGAAAGUAAAAAAAAAAAAAAAAAAAAAA